CAGUUCUUCAGUUUGUUUCGCUGUAUUUAGAUCGUCAUUGCUUGAAGAUAUUAUUACUUAUUUACUUCCUUCGUGCUUUUUUGAUGAAAAAUACUCGAUUCUAAAUUAUUUCUUAGUGCAAUUGUUUCGUUUGUCGUGUCUUUUAUGUUAAAGUGUUAUUCAUACUACGUGUAGCAAUGUUAUAUCGGAAAAAUUUACGUUAGUGCAAACGUUGCAUUCGAAGAAAAAAAAAGGUCUUUGUUGCUGUAAUUCAAGAACGAUGUCUUGUGGAAUCCACAACUUACACUGAGUGCUGCAGAGCAGGACUGACUGAUGUACAUAGAAAGCUGCUCAAGUAAAUAGUGUCAAGUGCUUAAAAGGGUGGAGUUGGUUUGGCUUUAGCUUGCCAAGAUGAAAUUCGCGGAACAUCUUUCCGCGCAUAUCACACCGGAAUGGCGCAAACAGUACAUCAAUUACGAGGAGAUGAAGGCGAUGCUGUACACCACCGUGGAGGAGGCCCCCGCGAUGGACAGCGUCGAAGAGGACAUCAUUAAGCGCCAUUUCGCAAAUUUCGACGAAAACUUCUACCACUACUGCGACGAGGAGCUGAAAAAGAUCAACACCUUCUACUCGGAAAAGCUAGCGGAAGCAACGCGCAAGUAUGCGGGCCUAUCGGCCCAGCUGAAAACCAUGCUCGAGAGUCAGCAUAAAAGCAAAUCCAAGGGGCACACCCUGAAGCGAAUCAAUCUUCCGUAUCGGAAAGCGCAGGAACUGAAGCUGGCCUUUAGUGAGUUCUACCUGAGCUUGAUUUUGCUGCAAAACUACCAGAAUCUUAACCACACCGGGUUCCGGAAAAUUCUCAAAAAGCAUGACAAACUGUUGCGCUCGGACAAUGGGCACCGGUGGCAGAAGGAGCAGGUCGAGACGAGUCAUUUUUUCACCAAUAAAGACAUCGAUAAGUUGAUCAAUGAUACGGAGACGACGGUUACCACGCAGCUGGAGGGGGGAGACCGGCAGAAAGCUAUGAAGCGACUGAGAGUGCCCCCCCUGGGGGAGCAGCAGAGCCCCUGGACCACCUUUAAGGUGGGUCUUUUUAGUGGGAGUUUUGUUGUCCUGUUCAUAGCUGUGAUAUUGUCGGCGAUUUUCCACGAAAGUACGGGGGAAAAUCUUAAGAUCGCCUUUCGUUUGUACCGAGGACCUCUGCUUUUGAUUGAGUUCGUGUUCCUAAUGGGUGUGAACAUCUACGGGUGGCGUUCCUCUGGGGUGAAUCAUGUGUUGAUUUUCGAACUGGACCCCAGGAACCACCUGUCCGAGCAACAUUUGAUGGAGUUGGCGGCUGUUUUGGGUGUUGUGUGGACUUUGAGUUUACUGAGCUUCCUGUACAGUGCCAGUUUGAGUAUACCACCGUACGUUAAUCCCCUAGCCUUGACGAUCGUGAUGAUCGCCUUUUUGAUCAACCCGUUCCGGGUGUUUCGAUACGAGGCACGCUUUUGGCUGUUGAAGAUCAUCGGCCGCAUGAUCGCAGCACCAUUUUUCCACGUGGAUUUCGCCGAUUUUUGGCUCGCUGAUCAAUUGAACAGCUUGGUGACGGCACUUUUGGAUUUUCAGUUUCUCAGUUGUUUCUAUGUCACGAACGGAAAUUGGUUGGAGGCGGAAAAUACCCGCCAGUGCAUGGAGGAGAGCUACAUAAUCCGGCCGAUCGUCAACUGUCUACCGGCGUGGUUCCGUUUCGCACAGUGUCUUAGACGUUACCGGGACUCGAAGGAAGCGUUCCCACAUCUGGUGAAUGCGGGCAAAUAUUCGACCACAUUUUGUGUGGUCAUUUUUGCCACACUGAGGAGUCUGCAUGCUUCCGAAUACGAGGAUGCCUUCGAUAAUCCCUAUUUGUGGCUGUGGAUUUUGAGUUCCGUGGUGUCUUCCUGCUACGCGUACACGUGGGACAUUAAAAUGGAUUGGGGUCUAUUCGAUAAGAAUGCUGGCGAAAACACUUUUCUCCGAGAGGAAAUUGUCUACUCAACUCCCUUCUUCUACUACUUCGCCAUCGUUGAGGAUUUAGUGCUACGAUUCGCGUGGGGUGUCUCCUUCGCGUUGACCGAAAACAAUGUGGUCUCGGGAGACCUGAUGACGUCCGUACUGGCCCCGCUGGAAGUAUUCCGUCGCUUCGUGUGGAACUUUUUCCGCUUGGAAAACGAACAUUUAAACAAUUGCGGUAAGUUCCGAGCAGUGCGGGACAUUUCGAUCGCACCCAUCGACUCGAACGAUCAAUUUAUCAUCCUGAAGAUGAUGGAUGAUGAGGAUGGCGUUAUCAAUAGGGACACCAAGCACAGCCGAGCAAAGCAUAAAAAGACCAAAGAAGAAAAGAAGCCCCUCUUGCCAGCGUUCAAGGGUUCCCUGCAGGAUCUCAGCGUAGACAUCAGCAGCUCAAAGAAGCUGUGAAUCGAAUCUGCUCAAUAGUUGAUUUUAUUCUUUACAUUAACUUUAUAAGAAACUGAAAAAAAACCAGCAAAAGCAGCCUUAAAAUUCGACUUGUUGACGGAGUACUUAUGUGUAUGUUAGUAGGAGAAUCAAGCUCUAGUUUUCAAAAUUUUAACGACAACGAUAAUUAUUGAAGAAAAGUUGACCCUCCUGAAAGUGAAUUUACAAACUAGCUUAGAUAGCAAAUUCCCACAUUCCGUCUAGGCUAGAUAACUGUUAGGGCGAAACAAAAAAAACAACGAGACAAAUUUUAUUUUCGAACCAGUUUAACGAUGAGAUAGCGAGAAAAAAAAGUGUACUUCCAUUUUUACUAAUUGCAAUUGUUCAUAUAGGUUAGCAUCCAUUUGUACAGCUAGGUUUUAGAGUAGGAUAAAAGAAUAUAGAAAAGUUGUAACAAUUUGUAAAAGCAGAAGCAGAGCACCGACUUCUUCCGUUUUGGUUUUUUUUGCGUAGGUUGUUGUUUGUUGGUUCGGCAGUAUUAUACUUUUAAUUGUUGAAUAUCGUCCUCCUGUCACUUCUGGUUGCCUUAGUUUCGUUUUUGUGUAAACAGUGUCUAUGUAAAAUGCAUCAAUUACAAAACGGAUUACUGAAAAUAUAUCUAUUUUUACCACCAUUGUUGAGAUUAUGUACGUAUCAUGUUUGAUUAUGCAGGCAAGCAGUAAAACCAACAAUUAGGUCAAGUUUGUGAUUUCAUUCCAAAAGCAAUAAAUUUCUUAGAUUAUGAAAUGUC